AUAAAAAUAAAAAAGGGAUUAAAUAUAAACGAAAUACCCUGAAUUCUCAUAUUUCUGAUUCUUCUGGGAGCUUCAAAGCUCUUCUCUGUUUUCUCUCUCAAACCCUAAAAUUCGUUCCUUUUUCUCUCCUUGAUCUCUGUAUUUCUGUCUCUGAUUCUGUGAUAUUUUUUUUCCCUUUUUUAAGGAUCUUGGCGUGGAUUUGGAAAAAUCACAUUUUUUUCCUCUGUAAAUUAGGGUUUUGACCUAUGAGUUUAUUCUUCUUAGAUUUUUACUUCACCGUUCUUUGUUCUGUAACAAAUUUGUUUGGAUUUCUGUUGUAAGGGUCUCUGCUCGAAUCUUAGGUUGGUAAAGGGGAGGUCAUUCUGGGAUGGGUUUUAAGCUUAUCCAGAGUGUACAGAGAGUUUAAAACUUGUGGAAUUUCUCAGUACAGUUAGCGUUCUUUAGUAACAGUGUUUAUAAUAUAGAGGGGAUAUCGAAUUCUAUACAUGAUGUCCGGAUCUGAGGCGGGAAUCAUGUCGGGUAGAGAAUCUUUCGGAGUCGGUCUUCAAAAAAGUCCUGUACCUUCUCAACCAUCGGGGAUACCCAACAUGAGAUUAGCGUUUAGUUCCGAUGGCACAGCAGUUUAUAAACCUGUUACCACAAGCUCUCCAACAACCUUUCAACCCAGCAGUGGAGCUGCUGCUACUGGUAGUGCUGGUGCAGGUGGUGGUGGUGGUGGUGGUGCAGGUGGUGGGGGUGGUGUUGCUGCUGGGGGUGGCGGAGGGGGUAAUGGUGCCGCAGGGGCAAUUGUUCAGCACAGCCUUAACAUGAACAUGGGUGAGCCAAUGAAACGAAAACGAGGAAGGCCGCGAAAGUAUGGUCCUGAUGGUACCAUGGCACUUGCAUUAACGCCAGCAUCGCCUGCUGUCCCCUCCGGCGGGUUUUCUUCGCCGCCUUCGACGGGUGCCACCACACCUGUCGCUGCUUCAUCUCCGUCAUCAAUGAAGAAGGCAAGGGGCCGUCCGCCGGGCUCUGGCAAGAAGCAGCAGAUGGCUGCACUUGGAUCAGCUGGGAUUGGAUUUAUGCCCCAUGUUAUCACAGUUAAGGCUGGAGAGGAUGUAUCUUCAAAAAUAAUGUCAUUUUCGCAUCAUGGUCCACGGGCUGUUUGCAUUCUUUCAGCAAAUGGUGCUAUAUCGAAUGUAACACUUCGUCAAGCAGCAACAUCUGGUGGAACAGUGACUUAUGAGGGACGAUUUGAAAUCCUGUCCCUUUCGGGUUCCUUCUUGCUCUCAGAGAGUGGCGGUCAACGCAGUAGAACCGGUGGACUGAGUGUGUCCCUCGCAGGUCCAGAUGGUCGCGUUUUAGGUGGUGGUGUUGCUGGGCUUCUAACAGCAGCGACUCCUGUUCAGGUGGUGGUUGGUAGUUUUAUUGCAGAUGGCCGUAAAGAAUCGAAACCGAAAAAUCAAUCAGAACCUUCUUCUACUACACCAAAGCAUGCUCAUGGUGGCGGGGCUGUAGGGACAGGUAGCCCGCAGUCACGAGGGUCCUUGAGUGAAUCCUCAGGUGGUCCUGGAAGCCCUCUUAACCAAAGUACAGGCCCUUGCAAUAACAGCAACCCACAAGGCUUGGCUAAUAUGCCGUGGAAAUAGGAAGAAUAGUAGAACAUUAACAAGGCAGGCAUGGGCUCCGGUGGUUCUAAUCUAAUCCCUAGUCUAAGAGAGACCCAAUUUGUAAUCUAAAUCUCCCUCUUGUUCCCAUCCCAGCUGAUCAGGAAGCACAUCUCAGGUAGUGAAUCACUGCUUCCUCCAGCAUUGUGUCUUAAAAGUAUAGGUAGGUAGUUUCUGUAUUAAUUUAGAUAUACUCUUGGAAUCAAAAGAUUGUGAUUCUCUUAGUCAA